AUGUAUCGUAAUAUUAAAAACAGCAUUCCUGGGCAAGAAACAACAGCAACAAUUCGAAAUGGUAAUAGUGGUAAUAACUGUUGCACAAAAGCUACAGCUGAGUUAAAACUCUACCAAGCUUUCAUAUUUUCAGUGCCAAUUUUCUUUACAUUCAUUCUCCUUCUCCUGUUUUACUUGUUCUAUCUUCGCCGGGGAAGGGUUGACUGGACUUCUUUGAGAAUGAGGACAAGUAAUUCAUUGCCAUCUUUUCAUAGUACUUCUGAAAUCUCCAGGUGUGAAAUGGGGUUGAAGAAGGAGGUGAGAGAGAUGCUACCAAUUAUUGUAUUCAAGGAGAGCUUUUCUGUCAAAGAGACACAAUGUUCAGUGUGCCUAGCGGAUUACCAAUCAGAGGACAAACUUCAACAGAUACCAGCCUGUGGGCACACAUUUCAUAUGGAUUGCAUCGAUCUCUGGCUAGCCACUCACACUACAUGCCCCCUCUGCCGCCAAUCCCUCCUCGCUUCCGCUAAAGCUACAAAUGGAGAAGAUGGAGAAGAUAUCCACGUAGAAACCAAUAACAGAUCUGAAACAUCACUUCCAAUUAUUUCCCAGUCUAUUGAAGAUGACCCUCAAACUAGCCAGCAACCGUUGGAGUCGACCAACAAAGGAGACGAGAAGGAAUCGGCACAACCUGCUGUUGCACGUGAAGAAGGGGAUAGAGUUUCUUGA